CAAAGAAAUAAGAAUUUUAACAAUGACAUGGCAAGAUCAGAGCCCUUCAAUGUACCAAUUGCACAGAUUUUACCCGGAGGUUACAAACCAUAAACUACCGGGCCAUCAUACAUCAUGCAUGCAAAACAGCGACACACGGGACCUCAUCCACCGCCUAACGAACUCCUCGUCGAGCUAUCACAAAAAGAAAUAUCAAAAUUAAAAUUAAUUUUUACAACCGAAUGCCCCGUCGCUCUUCUUCCCGCCCUUUAAAUUGAGUCUCUCUCUCUCACAUUUCUCCACAAUUCAAAUAUUCAAAGCUCUCUCUCUCUCUCUCCAUUCUCCAAAAUCCAAACACUCGCCUGAGGUUUCUUCAACCACAACGACGAAGAUGAUCGCUACUCUCAAAGCCGAAGAACAGAGCCAGCUACAGCUCGUCGAACGCGAAGACAUCGACGAUGAAGAGGAUCUCUUCGAAGCCAUCGACAAGUUGAUUGCUCAGGGAAUCAAUGCCGGAGAUAUUAAGAAGCUUCAAGACGCUGGGAUCUACACCUGCAAUGGCUUGAUGAUGCAUACAAAGAAGAACUUGACUGGAAUCAAAGGUUUAUCUGAGGCUAAAGUUGAGAAGAUAUGCGAAGCUGCUGAAAAGAUAGUGAAUUAUGGAUAUAUUACUGGAAGUGAUGCUCUGACCAGAAGAAAGUCAGUUAUCCGCAUUACAACUGGAAGCCAAGCCCUGGAUGAACUGUUAGGCGGUGGGAUUGAAACUAUGUCAAUCACGGAAGCCUUUGGGGAAUUUCGGUCUGGGAAAACACAGCUUGCACAUACUCUCUGCGUUUGUACACAGCUUCCCACUAACAUGAAGGGAGGGAAUGGAAAAGUUGCUUACAUUGAUACUGAAGGAACCUUCCGACCCGAUCGAAUUGUGCCCAUAGCUGAAAGAUUUGGGUUGGACCCAGGAGCUGUCCUUGACAAUAUCAUUUAUGCUCGUGCCUAUACAUAUGAGCAUCAGCAUAACCUGCUUCUUGGUCUAGCUGCAAAAAUGUCUGAAGAGCCAUUCAGACUUCUGAUUGUGGAUUCAGUGAUUGCUCUCUUUCGAGUGGACUUUACUGGAAGAGGAGAACUUGCUGACCGCCAGCAAAAACUAGCUCAGAUGCUUUCCCGAUUAACAAAGAUAGCUGAGGAAUUCAAUGUUGCUGUCUACAUGACCAACCAAGUCAUAGCUGACCCCGGUGGUGGAGUGUUCAUAUCGGACCCAAAGAAACCGGCGGGAGGGCAUGUCCUUGCCCAUGCAGCAACAAUCAGGCUCAUGUUCAGGAAAGGCAAAGGUGAACAGCGCGUCUGCAAGGUGUACGAUGCCCCAAACCUGCCGGAGGCUGAAGCAGUUUUUCAGAUAACUGCAGGAGGCAUUGCAGAUGCAAAGGACUGAAGUAUAAGGCUUUUCUUUGACACAAGAAAUACCGGAACAUUUCAAUUUCAUGCUAUAUAUAUGUGUGUAGUUUGUUCAAAUCUCUAAUGAUAUGCGACAAUAUAUCCUAAGUUUUUUAAAGCAUAAACAUAAUGCAGUAGCAUGAUAUGUAGAAAUUGAACUACAGUACCAGUAAAGGUCUGUAUCCAUUGUAGUAUUAUUUGAUGUUCUAUGCCAGAAGGUUAUGGGCCUUAUGGCUUUUGACAG